UUGGGUGAGAAGAGAAAAGGCCCUUGCGAGCGACACAGAGCGAGCAUCAGCCUCGGUCACACCACUAUACGCACUCUUCAUUGCCGUGGCAGGUGAAAAUUGCAAAGGGCUUCGGACCGUUUCGCACUCAAGCCAGGGACUUAUUCCAGUAUACACGGCCAGCAGCGUUACAGCAACACAGCACCCGGGCUCGGCGAUAACGGGCGAACGAAGCAAUCGCCAGCACCAGCAGGAUGGUGUCUGAUAACAGACAAAUAGGAAUGGGCUUGCUGGCACUUGGCGGGAUAUUCCUGCUGCUCGGGGUGAUGAUGUUAUUCGAUCCUGGACUGCUGGCAAUCGGCGACGUGCUUUUCCUGGCAGGAAUAACAAUGACCAUCGGAACGAGGCGAACAUUCGUUUUCUUCUUCAAGCGGAAACAAGCACGGGGCAAUUUAUGCUUCUUCGGCGGGGUCGUGCUCGUUUUCCUCAACUGGGCGGUUAUUGGGAUGGGAUUCCAGGUGGUUGGUUUUCUCAACCUGUUCGGGCCGUUCAUUCCCAUCGCGGUCCAAGCAUUGCGAGGAACGCCCGUGGUCGGCAACCUCCUCAACCUUCCGGUUGUUUCCUCGUUGGUGGACAAGCUCGCGGGCUCUAGCAGUAGGGGGAGACGAGCGCCUGUGUAGUUAUAUAGGUUACUGAGUUUGUGCGGAAGGGGCGCCUACGUGUACCGAUAUUGUUGAGUGUGUGUUGAUGGUGUUCUUUUUUUAACCCUUUAGUUAGUUGUUGCGUGCCCAGCUUGUGCGAUAUUAUUGUGGCAGCGAACAAAGCGGAGAUUCUGGCCAUGUGUUGUGCAUAAACUUCGUUCGGCCAAUGAUAUUUUUUGCGUAUCGCCUACUCGUUAAUGCGG